GACGUUAUUGAUUUCAACUAGGGUGUAUAUGAAUGUGUCUUGGCCUAUGACUUAUUUUCUUCUUUCUUUCUUUCUUUCUUUCUAAUGAACAGGAGCUCUAUUGCCUUCCACUGGUUAACUGUGUGAUUUAUUUCCAACAGGUCAUUUAUUCAGUGGCGGCAACCAAAGGUGGGAAAUGGAAGCAGAGGAUUUCUUGGAGACCUUCAAUCCCUCAGGAGAGCCAGAGGUUACCUAUCUUCUGUAUGAAAUCCAGUGGGGGAACAGUCGCAGGGUAUGGAGAAACUGGUGUAGAAGCAUCCAUCCUGAACAUGCUGAAAUGAUCUUUUUGGAAAAUGAGGAGAUACACGACCGGCCACACAUCCCAUGCAAUAUCACUUGGUUCCUCACAUGGACCCCUUGUGGUGCAUGUGCCCAUGAUAUAAUUGAGUUCUUGGAUGAACGUCCUAAUGUGACCCUGGACAUACGAGCUUCACAGUUGUACCGGCCUCAUGACCGGCGCAAUCGGAGAGGCCUCAGAUACCUAGCUGAGGAAGGAGUUCAGAUAUCUAUCAUGGAUCUCUCUGAUUAUGACUAUUGCUGGGACACGUUUGUGGAUCACCAGGGGGAAAUGGUACAGUGGGAUUUUUCUGAUGAGAUAUGGUUUAAUUCCCAGCGGCUUCAAUCAAUCCUCAACCCUUUCUGAAUUGUCCAAGGCUUCUAUGGACAACCACACUCGCAGCAACUCAUUGUGAUUUCCUUCUACCUGCAUAAUCUUCUGAUAACUGUCUUGACUCAAUGGACAGAUUCCCUACACAGAUAUAUACUUUGUGUGGUUGCAAAUGUAGUUCAAUAAAUCACUGUUUUAUGGA